AUCCAUUAACUAUGCAGUGUCCCUAUCCACCACAACAUGGGACAAACAGGAAGUUCCUCUGUAAGGGAGACCACCACAGGAACUGCACAGACAUGAUGACUGACACCAGGUUCACUCUGCAGGAUAAUGUUUCUACCAGCUCUUUCUUGGUGAUGGUCUCAGAGCUGGAAGCAGGUGAUUCUGGGACGUACUGGUGUGGCUCAGACUCACAGUGGAGCUUUGGAAACUACACCAACAUCCAACUGUCAGUAGAUGUUGCUGCCUUUAAGGCUGUGGUUUUCAUUGUACCUGCUGUGCUGGUGUUUGUUCUGAUAUUUGUGAUGGUCAUGGUGUGUAAACACAAAUGUCACAAAGGAAAAGCAACUGGAGCCAACGUAGAAACAACACAACAACAACACAAGGCUGGAGAUGAAGAUGAAGUGAUCAGUGAGUCUGAUAUUUAUGAAAAUCAAGACGUGGUUGUGUCCUCAAAGCAGAGGAAGUCCAAACAGCAGAACAGCUGCUCCCGUUAUGAUGCAGGUGGAGCUGAGCAGGACUUGAUGUAUGAAAACUUCAACACAACUGAAGACAUCUACUGUAAUGACGUUUACUGUAAUGACAAUAAAAAAAUGAGCACUUUGCACGUCUAAACAUUACCUUAUGCGUUCCAGUUUGUAAUAUUUAUGUUAUUAUCUACGAUGCAACAUACAGUAUACUGUAGUCCAAUCUGUAUACAGUAUACAGUAUACAGUAUACAGUAUAGAUGGGGUUUUUUCAGUUCUUUGCAUGUAGUUAUUCGUCUUAAUGAGUUUAGAAUCAGCAUGUAGAAAUAAAUGUAGUACUAAUAUAAUAUAUAAAUACUUUUUAAAAUCUUUUUUUAAAUAUUUGUUCUUUUAAUUACCCUAUAGUUUGCC